GUCUUCUCGAUAGCCUCACAUCCCGGAAGUUUUACCAAAUGAAAACGUAUUUCUUUUCCCCGUCUUGCCGACAGCGUCUUGCGUAAAGUGGGUUAAGUGUCAUAAGUUGCAUUGUUUUAUUUAGAUAUGUCUGUUAAACGGUCUCAAUGAAGAAGCUGCGCAGAAAACAGUGAAAGUCCGGCGAAAAGAGCGAUAGUUUACUAAUCCGUCCGCCCAUACGUCGCAGCAAAGGAGACAAGCUCGGUGAAAGCUCGCCUCGAGAAUUGAUAAAGUCUAUGAAACGGUGAAUCAUGAGACUGACAGGCCCCCUGCGAGGUGUGGUGGUGCUGCUCUUGGUGGGCUUUACCUGGCUGCUCGCCAGCGCCUUAUUCGGAGGAGAGGGCAGCUUAUCUGUGCGAAACAUCUUCACGGGCUCCAAAGAAGAACCGACCCAGUCUGAAUUGCGUCCGCGGAGGUACAAAUGUGGACUUUCAGCCCCCUGUCCUCCAAAGCAUUUAGCUUUCCGUCUGGUGUCUGGAGCUGCAAACGUCAUUGGCCCAAAAAUCUGCUUGGAAGAUAAAAUGUUGAUGAGCAGCGUGAAGAACAACGUUGGCAGAGGACUCAAUAUCGCUUUGGUGAACGGGGUGACAGGCGAGCUAUUGGAGACAAAAACCUUUGAUAUGUGGGCAGGAGAUGUGUCCAGCUUACUGAAGUUUCUACGGCCCCUUCAUGAGGGAACCCUCGUGUUUGUUGCUUCCUUUGAUGACGCUGCUACAAAGAUGAAUGAAGAGUCCAGACGACUGUUUGAGGAGCUCGGCAGCACAGCUGUGAAGGAGCUGGCCUUUAGAGACAGCUGGGUGUUUGUUGGAGCCAAGGGCAUAGAGAAUAAGAGCCCCUUUGAGCAGAAAUACAGCUUGCGGAUGAAGAACAGUAAGAGCAGCAACAAGUAUGAAGGCUGGCCCGAGUCCCUAGAGAUGGAUGGCUGUAUUCCCCUGCGUCCGCCCCUCGAAGGUUAAUUCAGCUCUGACUAGUCUCUCAGACGUCACUGUGACGCCUGAAGUCCCAGCGGAGAAACGCAGUGACUGUUCAAAGGCAGAGGAGCUUCUAAAUACCUGAAACUUUUAGAAGGAUCCACAGGUACUAUUUUGUUUUCCCUGCUUUGGAAAAAAGACGGAACUGAAUGUGCAGAUUAUUUUUGAGCUGGAAUCCGGUUGUACAGGAUUUCCGACUAAGCUUCCUUAGCAGUUUUUAAGCUGAAGGAAAGUUCUAGAAAAAAAGAUGUAUGCCAUGGUUAGCAAAAAUACCAUUAUGUCAUUUUUUUGAUGGCCAAAAUGUAACUAUGACUGAUCGUGAAGCUUUAUUUAAACUUUUUAAAGCCUUUAAAGAUAUUUAAAAACUGCCCCUAAAGAGUAAAUUCUGGGUUUAAUUAACAAAACUCAGCUGACACUUUAGGAUGAAAAAAAUAUCAGGUUUUUAAUCAACAGUAGAAACGACCUGGAGGUACACAAUAUUUACCAUGGCUGCUGCAGAUAGGUUUAAUGUGCACAUUAUUAAAUACAGUAUCAUAAUAUUAUUCAUAUUCUACUAAAGCGAUUUUACUUAGCACUAACUGCCAUAAUAUCCAUAGAACUUGAUGCACCAGUUGUUGCCUACAUGUUUACAGAUUUCUUUGGCCUUGAGAGACAUAUAAACUUAAUAAAAAUAUUUAUUUUAGAUAUUUCUAUACUGCAGAGAACAAGAUUGAAAUUCUGUUUGCCUUGAAUGGUUUUGUAGUCUCAGGUCUGCAAAUGUUUUCCCACUGAGUGCUUUAAAGCUUCCUUGGGUGGUUGUGCUUUUUUUUUUGUUAGAAAUUGUUUUCAUUUGUCCUCUUGUAAACUAAGAAAGAGAGAAAUGUGAAUAAUAAACGAUUUUAGCUGUUUUACAAUAAGCACAUUUCAAAACACUAUCUGCAUUCCGUUAUGUUAGCUUUGUGUAAAUAUUUUUUUUUUCUUAAAAAACAUUCAAGUUUGUGUUGCACUGUAAUAUCUAUAAUAAAGAAUAAAACAAAA